AUGACUGAUCUAUACCUUCAAAGUGGAUAUAAUUUAAAUGACGAUUCAUCGUACCGCUGUGUUGCAAAAAUACCAGCAUUCAUUCUUGGUAUUGUCAUCGGCUUUUGGUUUUGCAAAAAGUUUUACCUCAAAAGCAGGGAUUCCAUUGUCAACCGGGACAUAAACAAAUCUGCAAAGAAGAUCGUUGAUUCUGUGGACACGAAUGACAUCGAAGACCAGAAGUCAUUCUGCAGAUGUUGGAGAUCGAAAAACUUUCCAUACUGCGAUGGAAGUCAUGUGAUUCACAAUGAAAUGACUGGUGACAAUGUCGGCCCCCUAAUUAUCCACAAAGUCGAAUGA